CGGAAAUACAAUUGUUGACGCUACUAGCGAGCCAAGAUGGCGGAGUACCUAGCAUCCAUUUUUGGGACAGAAAAAGAUAAGGUGAACUGCUCUUUUUAUUUUAAAAUUGGUGCCUGCCGACAUGGUGACCGCUGCUCCAGAUUACACAAUAAGCCGACAUUUAGCCAGACGAUUGCCCUCCUGAACAUUUACCGGAACCCCCAGAACAGCGCCCAGUCUGUGGACGGCCUGACCUGUACCAUCAGCGACACGGAGAUGCAGGAGCACUAUGAUGAGUUUUUUGAGGAGGUGUUCACAGAGAUGGAAGAAAAGUACGGCGAAGUGGAGGAAAUGAACGUAUGUGACAACCUUGGUGACCACCUAGUUGGAAACGUGUAUGUGAAGUUUCGUAAAGAGGAGGACGCUGAGAAGGCUGUGAUAGACCUAAACAAUCGGUGGUUUAAUGGACAGCCCAUCCACGCUGAGCUGUCUCCUGUCACAGACUUUAGAGAAGCCUGCUGUCGCCAGUAUGAGAUCGGGGAAUGCACUCGUGGUGGUUUCUGUAACUUCAUGCAUCUGAAACCCAUCUCACGUGAGCUGAGGAGAGAGCUCUACGGCCGUCGAAGGAAGAGCCGCAUCAGGUCUCGGUCUCGAUCAAGAGACAGGCGGUCUCGCUCGAGGGACAGGGAUAGAGACAGGGACAGGGGUCGAGGAGGCGGCCGUGACCAUGAGAGACGUCGCUCCAGAGACAGAGAACGUUCGGGGCGAUUCUGAACUUCGAGCAGUGACUACUCGCCCUCCCUGUGUUCAUCCCUGUCUUUUUUUUAAGUUUGUACCCUUGCAGAUCUGUUUUGGGACUAACUGAAAGGUAGCUGUUUCGAAGAUGUGAAUCCACUGAGGAGUUUGGUUUUUCUUGAUUUCUGAAAAUGACUUUCACUUCAUUAAAUUUAAAUUUGUACCAAA